AUGAAUGGGGUACCCUCGUCAGCUCGCCCGACUGCAAUUACCGCAAGUGGGAAUGGCAAGAAUCCCGCUAAUGCUGUGUUUUAUCUAGACCAAUCCGAUGACGCGCACCGCGAGGUGUACGGCGAGCGCAGACACGAAAGCAGCCUGUCUCACGAGCUCAUCGCCGGAGCUGCAUCCUUCGCUGGUAUGAAGGCCUGGGAGGACCACCAACGCAGCGAAGGUAAGCCUGUCAGCCACGCCUUUGCCAAGGAAGCUCUUGCAGCCUUUGUGGGUGCGGAGGUCGACAAGCUGGCGGAAACCAAGGGCCUCGAUGAAGUCGACAAGAUCCGCGCGCACCACCACGCCAAGGAGAAUGCCCAGAAGAUGUACGACGAGCACUAUAUUGAGAAUCGUCGUGCUGAUGAGUACGAUCCCAACCGCUACCCACCUCACGAGCGCUUCUCGCAGUCUGAUCGCUGGUAA